UCCGGAAAACAUUUUCUUUCGUCGAUUGAGUUUCUUGUUUUCCGCUUCAGAACUCGUAUUGAGACACAGAAAACCAAAGUUGAAAUUUCUGAACCCUUGAGGCUUCAGCUUCUCUCUCUGUGUUUCGACUCUGUGGAGUGUUUUUGAGAUCCAUGGCGGCCUUGCAAUACCUAGAGUCCAUUCAAAAUGAACAUCCGGAGCUAGCCUACUGGUUCAGUUCUAUUGCAGAUCUGUAUCUGAAGAAACUCUGGCAUCAGCUCACUCUCAAGCUCGACCAGUUCGUUGCACUCUCCGCCUUUCAGGCUGGAGAUGCACUGAUAAAGUUGUAUCACAACUUUAUCACCGACUUCGAGAUCAAAAUUAAUCCCCUCAAGCUUUCACAUUUUGCUGUUAUAGUUUCUCAGCAGUACUCAGAGAAAGAGACCGCUAUCAGUUUUCUUGAAGGCGUGAUUGAAAAGCUUCAGGCUACUAAAGAGCAGCGCAUAGAAGAGCCAAUUCUUUAUAUUAAGAUGCAAAUUUCCAAAUUCAAGCUUGAGCAAGGAGAUCAAAAAGAAUGCAGGAAACUUCUUGAUGAUGGAAAGAGUACCCUUGACAGUAUGACUGACAUAGAUCCAUCUGUAUAUGCUACCUACUAUUGGGUUUCAUCUCAAUACCAUAAAUUUCGUCAAGAAUUUGCGGAGUUCUACAAAUGUGCUCUCCUUUAUCUUGCUUACACAUCAGUGGAGUCUCUCACAGAAUCUUUUAAGCUGAAUUUGGCAUUUGAUCUGUCCCUUUCUGCUCUUUUGGGCGAUAACAUCUACAACUUUGGAGAACUCCUUGCUCAUCCAAUUAUAAAGAGUCUUCUGGGGACCAAGGUGGAGUGGCUUUAUUAUAUCCUCCAAGCUUUCAACACAGGGAAUUUGGUUCGCUAUGAAGAAUUGUGUCGGGUGCACAAUGCUGCAUUGAGUGCUCAACCAGCCCUGGUUGAGAAUGAGAAGAAGCUGUUGGAAAAAAUUAAUAUUCUAUGCUUGAUGGAGAUUAUCUUCAGCCGGCCAUCCGAUGAUCGAACUAUUCCGUUAAAAGUUAUUUCUGAGAGAACAAAACUGUCAAUUGAGGAUGUUGAGUUUCUUCUCAUGAAGAGCCUGUCUGUUCAUCUGAUUGAGGGCAUAAUUGAUCAAGUUGAGGGAGCAGUUCAUGUCUCUUGGGUGCAGCCAAGAGUUUUGGGGAUUCCACAGAUCAAGUCCUUGCGUGAGCGGUUGGAUAGUUGGAUGGAAAAAGUGCGUACUGCUUCAUUAUCAAUUGAAGCUGAAACGCCUGACCUUGUUGCAUCAUGAUUUUCCUGUCCGGUUCCUUCUGCCCAUUGUAACAAUUUCGUUAUUCGAAAAGAAAGAAAAGGAGAGAGAGCGAUGAGAGGUAAGUGUUAGUGAUGUGCGCAGGUAGAGCCAUCUUUGUAUGAUUCCUUUGAAGGGAUCUUUAAAUCAUUGUUCUUAAAGGAGGGGCUUAUGUUCUAGACUUUUCACGUUUUGGCAUUCGUUGGAUCUACAAUGGCAGUUGCAUGCCUGAGGGAGGAUACAGUUAAAAACUGAAAAACAUCAUACUUCUCUUUCUUCAACUUUGUAUUGGGAUUUUUCAUCAGAUACAAUCAAAUCCACCUUUUUUGUGGAUGAAAGU